AUGGUAGCGUGGAGCCAUAGCGAAAAGGGGCACACAAGGAAAGUCACUGGGAAAGGAGGAAAGGGCAGGAGUACAAAGCCCCGGAAGAAGGGCGUCAGGAGCGCUGAGGCGCUGGAACGGCGCAAGGGCCGCAAAGUGUGGGCUGCUGACAAGGGGCUACCAGGGAGAACUAUAGAGGGGACCUCUCCGGGAACACCGGAAGAAGCGUUCAAGGAUCAGGGGUUGGAGCAGCCGAAGACGCCAAGCAUUGUCCUUACGCCUGAGGAGGAACCUUCAAGUGAUAGCUCCUUGCUGUCGGUGGUGCCAAGGGACAGGGCCGAGCCGAAAGCGAGGUCAAGAAGCCGGUCUAGGUCGAGCUGCAGCUCGGCUCCCCGUGAAGGGGAAGAGUCGGUGCCAUCCGCACCAUCGGUGCCUGUGAGAAGAGAGGCUAGGGUAGCAGCUAUCUUGGCAGCAGGUGCGGCGGAGGCUCGCGCGAAGGCAAAGGCCAGAGCGGCAGGUACAGCUAUCUAUCGCCGCCGCAACCGUGGGUUGGUGAUUGUUCCUGAGCCUGCAGUGCAACCAGAGGCGGCAGUACCUACCAUCGCCGCGCUUGAGGCAGCGCCCAAAGCAGAGCCCAAGUCGAAAGGUAAGCAAAAGGGAAAAGGCCGAGGCUUGGGUGUUUGGACCGCUGCAGAGGAGGACCGGCGGGUGCGAGAAGGGUGGACACACAAGGCGUCCUUGGACACGCGACUCCAGCACCUGGCGUUGAGGCAGUACUGGGCUGGAAUAGACGCCGGUAAGCCUGAGACCCGGAAGGGAGGAGCACCCUUGACCCCAACAACGAACUACCAGAUUCGAAGGUUGGCGUUUGGCUGGAUCACCAAGGUAGCCGCGGGAUCUGUUGGGUUGUCCUUGCAAAGGGCGCUUGCAGGCCGAGCCGCGAGCGGCACGGCAGGUGGAGCCUGCAGCAGCUGCGACGAGCGGGAGUUGCGUGCGAGAAGAGCAGCCGUAGCAUUCACAACCAGGGUCGAGGCUAAGGAGGAAGGCUCCGAGGAGUGCGAGGGAGAGGCAGAGAUAACGGCGCUAAGGGCACAGCAACAACAGGCAGAACAGGGGCAAGCAGGUAGACCCGAGCGGUUCAACAAUGUGGAAGAUGAGUUCCGUAGAUGGAGUCGGUCGGUCGUCAAUAUGUUGGCGUCUGUGUUUGGAAGAAAGUUUGAAGAGGUACUUGAGUGGGCACAAGAGCAAGAAGACGAAGUCAAAGACACAGAUGUAGACCUGCAGUUUGGUAACAGCCCAGCCCCCGCUAGCCCCGGUGGCACAGUAACAGCAGCCGCAGACACCGUAGAAGACAUCCCGGAAAAGGGUGACCAAGUAUGGCGGCUACUCCAGCACCUGUGCACGGGAGAAUCCGAGGGCAUAGUGGUGAACUCUGGUGGUGGUUUUGAGGCCUGGAGACGCCUGCACCGGCGGUUCGACCCGCUGUCGGCAGGCCGCAAGAGGAACCUCUUGAGGGCCAUUCUGUUAAACACCUACGAAGAUAUGAAGGGGGAGAUACAGCAGUUGGUUGAGGAAGAUGAGCUGGGUGCAGUUGAACUUUGCGCUGUAGAAACCGCCUCCCAAGGCGGGCGGUGGAUGAAGUUUAACUACGACACAGGGGCGGCCCGGACAGCAAUCCCUCAGGACUGGGAGAGUAAGGGUUCGCCUGCUGAAGGCCCAGAGCUGACCUUCAAGACCGCAAGUGGAGAACUGAUCACCAGCAAAGGUGCAUGCAAAAUCUCCGGCAGAGACGAGAAUGGCCGGAUGAAGGGGAUCACUGGGUCCCUGGCCCCGGUGCACAAACCGCUGGUGUCAGCCUACAAGUGUGCGAAACAAGGGUAUGUGGGUGUGAUCCAAGAGGAUGAAGGGCACCUCAUACCCCGCGCAAGCCCGUUAGGCCGAAAGAUAGAAAAGCUGGUAAAACAUGCGAGCGCCGAGGAAAAGAAGGGUACGAUACCCCUCUACCAGGAGGGAGGUGUCUACAACUUCUACUUGGAAGCAAACGCAGUCGAGGCGGCCAAGGUGGCCGGACCAGAAGCUCCGGCGCAAAGCCCGGAAGGGGAAGAAGAAGGCGAAGUAGAGGUGGCGGCUCCUAAGCAAGUUCGGUCUCCGAUAGAACCGACCGCCGCAGAGAUAGCUGAGCACGAGGUGCUUGGACAUGUCCAAUACAGAGAGUGGUGUCGCCACUGCGUGGCUGCGAGAGGCAUUGGCCAGCAGCACCGCAGCCGGGAGCAACGUGAGCGUCAGAACGACGGACUUCCAACGGUGGCGUGUGACUACUGUUUUAUGGGACAAGACGAUGGCAAGGUGAAACCAAUCCUGGUCAUCAAAGAUUCGAAGACGCAAGCAAUAGCUGCGACUUUUGUGGAAGCCAAGGGAACAGACCCCUACGCCAUCAAGUUUUGGCAGGGCUUUGUCAAGCACCUUGGUUACAAGAAGUUCAUUGCGAAAAGUGAUGGAGAACCAGCCAUAAAGGCUAUGAAGGCGAAGGCCAUAGAUGGCCUGAAGGGGAUUGAAGCAAUAUCCCAAGAGACUCCCGAGGGAGACCACCAGGCCAACGGCCUGGCAGAGGUAGCUGUGAGAGAAGUGAAAAGGCAAGUACGGGUCAUGAAGAGCUCUCUGGAGGAGAAGCUCGGGAUCACGCUAAGUGACGAGGACCCAGUCCUUGCAUGGCUGCCGAGACACGGAGCAGACUUGCUCACGAGGUAUAGGAAGGGAGAAGACGGCAGGACGCCCGAGCAGCGCCGGUCAGGGAAGGCCUGGAGACGGCCAGCCUUAGAGCUGGGUGAAAGGCUUUUCUACCGUGAAGCGGUCGCCGCGGAAUCCAACAAGAAUGAUCUCCACAUGAAGAUGUUGGAGGGCAGGUACAUAGGACACCAUGGCGGGACCGGAGCGUUGCUGGUCAUCACACCCAAUGGUGUGAAGAGGGCGCAAGGAGUGAGGCGUUUACCGCCUGAGCAGAGAUGGGACGCUCAGGGAUGGACAAGCCUCAGAGGCUAUCCUUGGGAUGUAGCCCACAGAGCUGGUAGGAGCCACAGGCUCAACGGAGAAGGCCCGCUUCCAGUGCAGGGCCCGGCACCAGUGUUGGCGCCGCCAGUCCAAAGGAGACUGUACAUUCUGAAAGCGGAUGUAGAGCGCCUGGGACCAACCCCAGGCUGCCCCGGGUGUACAUGCGUACUCCUGGGAGAGUCGACGCAGGUCAACCACACAGAGGCCUGCAGAGCCAGAAUGAUGGAGCUUCUAGCUCAAGACGAGAGGGGAAAGGCCAGAAUUGAGGCACACGAGUUGCGCCAGAGACGAAGGCCAGAGCCCCCAGAGAGGGAAGAAGAGCUCCGAGUAGCUGAUGCGGUAGGUGAACCGGAGGCUUCAGGCGUGCCUGAGGCAGGAGGGAGAAAGAAAAAGAGGGGCACGAGUAGCCCGGGGUCACCCGGGACUCUGCCGGUAGGAAAGCAGACGCCGCAGAAGCGAGGAGCUGAGAGUAGACCAACAGAGUUGGAAGAAGACGGCAAAGCCGAUGUCAGCAGAUGA